AUGGACACCCUCACCUUUCGCAGGGCCAGCCGCUAUGGCGACGAAGUCAACGGCGCGGCGUACAUAGAAAGCGAAUACUCCUACGUCUCCCCGUCUGAGCAAUUCUCGGAGGGCAACUUAUUACGGUCCUACGGCGGCACGUACAAUUCGCAUCACACUGCCAGAGAUGAUUCUGUUAACUGUGACUUGUUUUCAAUGCAGCGCGUCGUGGACAUGACAGGGUCCCUGCAGAGGAAGCAGGAGGAGAGAGAGGCUCGCGAGGCAGUCGUCGACAUCAGCGAGGCCGAGCGAAUGCGCCAGGUGCGAGAUGCACACUGGGAAGCUGUGAAGGCACGCAUGAGCCAACGGGCGACAUCCAUGCAUACCGUUCGAACCCACGACAGCGAGGAUGACGAAGAGGAGGUGGAGCUGAGGUCGGGUCACACGACGCUGUCCGCCUCGCUGAACGCGCUCGUGCCCUCCUUGUCGGAGGAGCGUGCCAUGCGAAGCGGUGGAUCUUGUGUGGUAGAGUCGAUGCCAGAGAGGUUCUGUCAUUUCGUCUACAACUGGUUCAUGUACUUCGUCUACGCACUCUCUGUCUCGGCGGUGCCAGGGAUAGACGCCAGAAAAGGUGCGGACUCGCGAGAGUACUUUGACUUCCGUGUCCGCUAA